UCUCUCACCCAUUAAUCUUUAAUAAUUUUCUUCUAAAAUUAGCCCAAAACCAGCUCAAAUACCUUACCACCCAAACAACCUCUCCAAAACAGAAAGGACAAAAACAAAAACAAAAAAACUGUACACUCUUUAUCAUGGCCUAGUCGAUAUCCCCACAUCAUACUCAACAACAUCCCCCGAAUCCAAUUCAAUCCAAUGCUACCUUUCUUUCUCAGCCCUGUCUCACUAUAUGCCAUCUACGUCCGCCGUUGCUUCGCCGCCUCUGGCCUCUCGCAACAAACCCUACAACUCGACAAUGAGACCACCCUCCAAUUCUGGGGUCCCAACCCCAAAUUUUCUCAAGCCUCCCAGAAAAAGCCUUCCCUGGUUCUAAUCCACGGCUUCGGCCCCGUUGCCAUGUGGCAGUGGCGGAACCAAGUCCAGUUCUUCUCCACCCGCUUCAACGUCUACGUCCCCGACCUCGUCUUCUUCGGCGACUCCACCACCACGUCAGCAGAGAGAAGCGAGGUCUUUCAGGCAGCCUCCGUGGCGAAACUGAUGGAGAAGGCGGGCGUGGAGAGGUUCAGUGUCAUUGGGACGAGCUACGGCGGGUUUGUGGCGUACCACGUGGCGAGGAUGUGGCCGGAGAGAGUGGAGAAGGUGGUGAUUGCCAGCUCUGGGGUUAACAUGAGAAGAGGAGAUAACGAGAAGUUGCUGAGGAGGGCAAAGUUGGAAAAGAUUGAACAUCUCAUGCUGCCUGCGACGGCUGUGCAGUUGCAGACGUUGAUCGGUCUUGCUAUGUCCCGGCGUGUUGACGUCAUACCCCGUUUUUUCUUGAAUGAUAUCGUGCAGAAAUUGUACUCAGAUAAAAGGAAGGAAAAGAUGGAGCUGCUAAAGGGACUCACACUUGGACGAGAUGACACACCAAACCUAUCUCCUCUUCCUAACAAGGAGGUUUUGAUCGUAUGGGGAGAUAAAGACCAGAUCUUUCCAUUGGAGAUGGCUACCGAACUCAAGGAGCUUCUUGGACCCAAAACAAGACUGGAAGUGAUAAAGAACACAUCGCAUGUACCCCAAGUUGAAAAUCCCAUACAAUUCAACAACAUUGUAGAAAGCUUCUUGCGCGACUCCUCCUGAUCAGUGAUCACUAUCUUUUUUAUUUUCUAAUUAAUUGGGUCUCCAGUAUUUAAUUAAACUAUUAUAUAUGAUAUGUUUACCAGACCAAACCAAAAAAAAUUAAAAUUAAAAAUAUAGAUAUAUGAAUCUAUGAUAUA